AUGUAAAUUUUCGUUAAAACUUUAACAGGAAAAACCAUUACUUUAGAUGUUGAAGCUUCUGAUUCAAUUGAAAAUGUAAAGGCAAAAAUUUAAGACAAGGAAGGAAUUCCACCAGAUUAAUAAAGACUUAUUUUCGCUGGUAAAUAAUUAGAAGACGGCAGAACUCUUUCUGAUUACAAUAUUUAAAAGGAAUCCACUCUCCAUUUGGUUUUGAGAUUAAGAGGAGGUGCUAUGGAACCCACAAUUGCUGCUCUUGCUAAGAAAUACAAUUGUGAAAAGAAAGUUUGUAGAGAUUGUUAUGCUAGAUUACCCCCUAAAGCAACCAAUUGUAGAAAAAGAAAAUGCGGACAUUCUAAUUAAUUAAGAAUGAAGAAGAAACCAAAGGAGUGA